UAUCUCUCUCUUACUUUACUCUCGAUCGGAACGAAAUCCCUGAUCUCCACCGUGCCAGGGCAGCCGCUUGCCAAAGUCGAUUGAAUCCUCUUUCGAUUGCGCGAGGCACCUCACUAUUGACGAGUCUUUCACCGAAAUUGAAGACGUAGAACCUUUUCUCUUACUCCAUGGGAUCGGAAGCACGGAGCUGGCGCAGAUGAGGCGGCAGAACGACGGAGAUGGCGACCCUUUGGUUGUUAGAAGAUCGUGGGAAUCACUGUCCACCGUUUGGAUCAUUGCAUCUACAAGCUAUUAGAGAUUUGGGCGAGCAAAGGAUGCUCAUAUCUCAACCUCUCUCUGUGCUAUUAACUAUGCAUGCCUCUCUUGCGCUUGCCCAGCUCUAGGGGCUGGCUGCUGCUAUGUGUGUGCAAGGGGGUGUGUGCCGACUUUUACUUCCACUUUUCAGCUCUUAUUUUGGACUUUGGGCAUGUGUGUGCAAUUGUUAACUUCGAGUUUUCAGUUCUUAUUUGGACUGCCUUGCAAGUGUGUGUGUGUUGUAGCAGGCUAAUUGUGUUUUGUCAUUUGUUUCUUUAGGUUAAUAGCUUACCACAUCUGAAUUGGUUCAGUUAAAUGUAAUUAGUUGGCAGGGAGCACAUCAUGGUCUUCCUCCCAUUUCGUGUUGUUCAUGGUGUCAACUUAGGUCAGAUUAAGUAGUUACUAGAAGGGGAAAAAACCUUAGCUCAAGAAAGCAUAGAGAGGGGAUCAAUAAGGCUGUGUUUGGACCAUGCAUCUGUGGAGUGAUUCACCAAGGACUAAGGAAAUAGUUUCCCCAAAAUUAAGUUUAGCUUUGCUUAAUUAUUUCUUAUCUCUUCCGAUAACCUUGUGUUUCCCUCCACAGACCCAUGAUCAAACACAACCUUUGGGUGGAGGCUACAAAGUAGGCUCAUCAAUAUUGUUUGCUGAAAAUGGUUAGAGCUGACAAUAAUUAGGUACCGCAGAGCAUAUGAAGUCAAUGUUUAUAAUUCUCUUCCAUGACUUGCAAAUACCUCGUUGAUAAGUUACUUUACCGUCGCUUAAAUUGUAGUAUCCUAUUUGUUCUCAUUCGACAUCACUGGUAGUCAUAAAAUUGGGUUCCUUGGUAUUCAAGGACCAGGGUAAUCAAAUGGAUGAUCCAGGUAACUAUGCAGUAUGGAUUAACAUGUUUCGUAUGUUUGAUAUUAAUUUUGUAGAGCCUGAAAUUUGUCGACUCUUCCAUCAAUGCUUGAUGCAGGUUCCAUUCACUAGAAGAAUUCGAUGAGGGCAAGAGAAGUUGCAGGAAGCGUCUUGAUGGACACUACUGUAGGAGAAGAAAGCCUCAACCGGAACCCUUGUCAUGUGCGGGGAGCUUUUUGUCUAAUUACCAAGGUUCUGGUCAUCAUUUCGCACAAAAUUCUCGCAGCAAGCUUCUUCUCUUAUUAGUUUCUGAAGUGAUUUUAUUGAUCAUUACAUGGCCUGAUAUGAACACUUUUAAUUGUUGUGGUGGACACAUGAGCUCAUGCCCGCUGAUAGAAGAACUGACUUUUUUUUGUUAAUAAUUCAUAUGCAACUGAAUUCAAUCUUGUUGGCUAUCAAAUGCUUCAUUAACUUGCCUAUUAAUGAUGCUGUUAAGUGAAAAUUAUUAUUUAUAUCCUUUUGGCAUUUUGAGCCCAGCAAUUCCAUCUAUUUCCCUUUUUUUUUUUGGGGGUGCUUAGAUCUAUCGUGGAGGUAGCAGUUCAACUUGUAAUAUCAUAUGUUAGGUUCUGAAAUGGAAAUAUGCACUCUUUUGGUCAUCUACCAAAAGAACAGACCACAAAAAAAGAAAACCUAAUUUAAACUUGUUUUACAACAAUCUCCAAAAAAAACCCCUAAUCAACCAAAAGAAUAAACAAGAAACACUAAAUACAUUUAAUUAUUAGACCAACGAACAUAACCAAACGUGCGUAGCACGUUGCAAACAACCUAGUAAUAAGAACAGGUUUGAGGGAUGCCCAAUUUUGGUCCCAUUUUUCCAAUAAUGCCCCCGGAGGUUCUAGGCUAGAGGGCUUUGGGUGUCUAAAAUGGUAAUUUUGCUUGAGCCUGGGGUAGUGGGCUAGCUGGCGUAAUCUUGGUGGUCUGUGGGAUGGGUGCAGUAUCUCGCCCGUUCGUUCUCCUGUCUUCCCUGAUGGCUGUCCUCACUCCUUUGCAUUUCGUUGUUUUUUCUUUUGUUGGAGCCAGCUCCAGUGAUUUCUGGCAUUCUCCUCUGUUUCUAGGGCUUUCUGCUGCGUCAUUUUCCAGGUAACUAUUCUGCCUUCGUCUCCUUCUCUGUUUUGCGGUGUUGUUCUGCAUUUUCGGUUCGGUUUGUUGGGUCUUUUCGUUUGUGGUGUUGAUUCUGUGAUUAGCUUAGUUGUGUGGUCUCCCCAAUGGCUUUGGGUCCGUUUAUUUUGUUGCCGAGAUCCUAUUAUCUUUUUAUUGUUUCCUGUGCUGGUCACUUGUGCUGCUCAUAGUGUUAGCUCCUUGGCUUUAUUUGUUACUCGGAGUUGUUGUCUGGAGAUUUGGUUUUGUGUUGUCUAGCUCAUGCGUGGAUGCUCUUCAGUUUAGCCGUCUUUUUUGUGCGUUUAUUUUGCAGGAGAGGAUGGUAGUCCAUGCUCCGUUUCUCCGUUGGGAUAAGAUUCCCAACCCUUCUCCCUUGUCUUCUUCUACAGUAGCUUCAUAUUUUCUGCAAACAGCUGAAGGGGAACAGGUGAUGCUGCUUUUGCGGUGCGUGGCAAUGACAAUCGUAUGGUUUACCAGCCAUCUCAUGAGUUUGUUGAAGACUACCAGGGUGUUUUCAAUUUGGGCUAUGUUAGUGAGUGGAAUUAUGACUUCCAGUUAAAUGCAUGGUUGGAUGAUCUUGUGUACCAUUUGUUUGUGAGGUACAGUGAGGAAGGUAUAUAUACACAAAGACUAUGUUUUUAGCUGCCCAAAUUUGAGAAUGUUAUCUAUUGUGCAGAUUUGCAUCUUCCAUUUACACAGCUUUUCAUUUCUGCCUUUUUCUGUGCGAUUAACUUUUAAGAUUUUUCUGCGCAGUUGUUGAUCAAUGCUGGUAUCUAAAAAAACUUUCCAUGCCUGGUGUCACUGAGGUUAGCUCUUACAUUUUCUUAUGGUUUCACCCCUCUCCCUUGGCUACAGGUUUCCCCUGGGGUCAGAUAUAUAAAGUAAUAGAGUUGUCUGGCUUUUUCGCAGAGAUUGCCCCGUGCUCUUCGUCAAUACUUCCCUACUAAUGGUUCAAGUACUUGGAUUCUCUUUGCUUUUUGAAAAGAAUUUUUCAAAAAAUUCUCCGAGGUUCUCCCUACUUUCAAGAUUUCUCUCUAUCUCUCUCUACUUAUUACCCCUACUAUUUUUUAAAAAAAUUUUCAAAACACAAACCAAACACAGCAUUGGUCAGUAGAGAUUAUCGACCAUGAGUUUCGCAAAAAUUGGGACGAGUUCCGCCAGGCACAUCAGCUCGAGGUUGACCAUAGGAUUGUUUUUUCGUGCGAACGUCAGUGGAUCUUUCAUGUGACUGUUUGAUAAAGAUGGCUGUGAACUUGUGUUUGAUUGGUCUAGGCCAAGUGGUCGCUGGCAAGAUUUGCCCCCACCUUCAGGUAAUCUACAGACUGCUUGCUUUCCUUCGGUUCUUGUUGAUUCUCAUGCAGUAGUGAGAUUCAUUUACUACGAUGUCUAUGGGCCUGACUUCCGGAAUAUGUCCUCUUUGCCAUUCUUGAAGGUGGCACUCAAAAACCAGCAAAUCAAUCGCGUGUUACAGAUGUUCGUGUUAUAGAUCAAAGCUUGCAGCCGAUGAUCAUAUCUCUCUGGGAUCACUUCAGCGAUUAUGAAGCACUCACAACGACAACUUUACCAGGCACAUUUCCAGUUGCACUUGGACACAGGCUGAAAACUUCAACAUACUACGGUCUUUCCCUUGCCACUAAAAUUACCUCAUCGUUUAUCCUCAAUCCACAAAUACCAGAAAAUGCAGCACUCCAAUCCUGGUGCCUUGCCAAUGCCGCCAAGAUCAGAGAAUUACCACCAAUGGCAACAAUGCAAGCUCUCAUGGUCAAAUCUGCUGCCCCUCCAUUAACUGAUGCAAUCAACAUUAUCAACCUUCCUACCUCAGUCGAGAAGGUCCAACUCAUUAAUGUGAAAGGCAUAGCAAAACUUACCAAUUUCAAUCAACGGUUCUAUUAUCUUGCUUGCUCACUAUGCAACAGAGCAUCAAAUGCAUAUGAAGAUCAUGAACUCUGGUGCAAUUACUGUUUCCAACGAGUUCCACCACUAGCAAGGGUUAAGUUCAACAUUGAGGUCAGCGAUCCAACAGCAUCGAUCGAGGCAACAAUCUUCCCAGAAAUUGUUGAGCAAUUCUACGGCAUUACGGAAGCCAACAUAGACACAACUGAACCUAAUGCACCACUCUCGCCGGAGCUCCUUGACCAGCUUGCUGAACCCAAGAGAUGCAACAUCACACUCAAAGCUUACAUGAACACCUAUGCUGGAAUUUCGCAGUGCAAGUUCAAUGUCUAUUCAAUGUCUGCCAUACCACUGCCAACACUGGAUGACCAACAAAAUCUUCAACAAACACUGGCCCUACCUCCUCCAACACCAAUCAAAAACGAAAAAAGCGUCACUGCAUCAGCAUCUUCCCACCCAGCCAAAGAAAUUUCAGGCAAAAAACGCAAGCUGAACUGAAGCCAUAAACCGUAAAGCCUACUCCCACCUCUACUAUCAAUGGCUGCUCCCUUUUGAAGUACUUUCACGUUGCUAUGAAUGCCUACUCCCAGCUCUACUAAUCUUAUGCUCCUUGACCAUCUCAAAGUCAACUAAUGCUUUUGAUGCACUGUGUUGUCUAUAUAUACAUCAGCCGGUCCUUUUGAUACUUUAAUCAACCUUUGUAAUAUAUCUACGUAUGUGCACUGUAUUAUGCAUAUCUAGAUGAACUGAUACUUUUGAUCCUCUGAUCAAUUUAUGUGAUAUAUCUAGCAACCUAUAUCCAUGCUA